GGACGAAACGACAACGUCCGCUCAAAAUUGCUCACUGGUUCUCAGUCCUCAGGCGUUGUCAUUUCUCUCCGAAGGUCUCGUUCUUGCAAGGGACUUGGUAAAGGCCAUCUUUUUGCACAAUCUUUACCCACAGUGACUCCGCCAAACAUCUUCACUCGUUCUGUUUUACUCCAGACGCAUAAAAGCACCACAUCCAAUGCCAUUGCAGAAUAUCUCACUUGCAGUACAUCGAGGAGAACUCCCUGCUAUACCUUAUUAUCUCUUGUCACCCUCUCCCUAACUUCUCUAUAACAAACACUGCUGCAAUGCCUGCUUCUACACUCAGCCGUAUUGUACUCAUCACCGGUGCGAACCGUAUCGACGGCAUAGGGUUCGCAGCCGCCCGUCAGCUUGCUCUUCAACAUGGUUUCACAGUCCUUCUAGGCUCUCGUAAUCUCUCUCCGUCUCUAGACGAUGCUGUCCAACAGCUGAAGAAAGACGGUGCGAAGAACGGGGUGCAUCCUCUUCAGAUUGACGUAGCUAGCACGGAUAGCGUGCGGAGAGCAGCAACGGAGGUGGAAGAAAAGUUUGGCAAGCUUGACGUUCUGGUGAAUAACGCGGCCAGGGGAAUGCCCGGUUAUAAAGCUACGGAGCACACCAGGGCUCAUUUCGAGGAAGUGUUCGCGGUCAACGUAUUUGGCGUUGUCGGUACCAUCAACGCUUUUGCCCCGUUACUGGCCAAAUCCGCCUCUCCUCGGAUCGUCAAUGUAUCCUCCGGAGCUGGAUCCCUCGGCUUGAUAUCUUCGUUGCCAGGAGUGGGUCCCAUAAUCUAUAGCACCUCAAAAACCGCCCUGAACAUGCUUACGGUCAUGUAUAGCAAGGACCUACCGAAUACGAACGCUCAUUUCAAGGUCAAUUCGGCAUGUCCGGGGCACACUAACACGGCUUUCAGUGGCUACACUGGAGGACGCACGCCUGACGAAGCCGCGGUGGUCAUAACCUGGCUCUCCACGCUUCCAGAAGAUGGGCCGAACGGAGGAUUCUUCUGUGACCACCCACCGUACUCGCAAAAGAACGGGGAUUUCAAGACUGUGGAGUGGUGAUCGAGUACUCCCCUCCUGAUUUUGGUGCCACCGCGCUAGCGGCGGUGUCCUCGUUUUCGAUUCUUGUAUUGGGGUCAUUUACGCCCACAUAUGGUUCAUUUUAAAUCGA